AGAGAGAGAGGAGAGAGGAGAGAGGAGAGGGAGAAGCAGAGUGAGGAGGAGAGAGAAGGGGACAGACAGAGAGAACAGCAGUCCGUCUCCGGUGGUUGUUCUUGGUGAAGCUCCAUCCUCCGCGCUCAGCGCUCUUCAGGACUAUGACUGAUAGACUCACCUUCCAAUUCAAGGUGGUCCAGCUGGGAAGAUAAAACACUUGUGACCUGUACAUCCUCAACCUCCUCUGGAAAAAUGAGGACUAUCUUACUGGGCUUUGUAUGUGUUCUGUGUCUUGGCCCGUCCCUGUUUGCUUUGUCUUUGAAUGGACGGAGGAUUGAGGCGGUAGAUGGAGAAGGAGCUGCAGCAGCAGUCAGAGUGGAAAAGCUGCUCAAAAGAGUGAGACGAGGCUGGAUGUGGAACCAGUUUUUCCUGCAGGAGGAAUACACAGGCAACGACUACCAGUACAUUGGCAAGCUCCAGUCAGACCAGGACCACGGAAAUGGCGUAGUCAAGUAUGUUCUGUCUGGUGAGGGGGCAGGCACCAUCUUCGUCAUUGAUGAGAAUAACGGUGACCUGCAUGCCACUCGCCGCCUGGAUCGCGAGGAAAAGGCUUUUUAUAUCCUCAAAGCCACGGUGGUGAACAAACGGACGGGUCAGAAGCUGGAGCCCGAGACCGAGUUCACCGUCAAACUCCACGACAUCAACGAUAACGAGCCUCAGUUCAGCAAAGAGAUUUACAGCGGGAGUGUGCCUGAGAGGUCUGACAUCGGUACAUCGGUCAUCCAGGUGACAGCUACAGAUGCUGAUGACAGUAUGUACGGGAGCAGUGCCAAACUGGUGUACAGCAUCAGUCAGGGACACCCAUACUUCUCUGUGGACCCAAACACAGGCGUGAUCCGGACAGCCUUGGGUCCUGGUGACAUGGACCGUGAGCAGAAGGAGCAUUACCAGGUGGUGAUCGAAGCUAAAGACAUGGCUGGACAGAGAGGAGGGCUCACUGGGACCACUGUGGUUAACAUCUCCCUCACAGACGUCAACGACAACCCUCCCCGCUUCACUCAGAGUAUUUACCAGUUCAGAGUUCCUGAGUCAGCCAAGUAUGGCACUCCAGUUGGAAGAAUUAAAGCCUCUGACAAAGACAUUGGGAGAAACGCUGAGAUGAAUUUCACCAUUGUGAGUGGAGAUGGCAUGGAGAUGUUCGACAUCCACACUGACAAAGACACCCAGGAGGGAAUCAUCACCGUUAACAAGCCUCUGGAUUAUGAGAAGAAGCCGUCUUACACAGUAGAGAUCCAGGUCAAGAAUGCCCAGGAGGACCCCCGCUUCCAGUUUGCAGCCUCCAUGGCUACAGUGCGGAUUGCAGUGGAAGACGUGGAUGAGCCGCCGCUAUUUGACAAAGCCAGCUACCUGAUGGAGGUGAAGGAAGAUGCAGUGGUGGGCGUGGUCGUAGGCUCUGUCAGUGCCAUGGAUCCUGAUGGGGCACGCAGCAUGGUCAGGUACUCUAUCGACCGCCGCACUGACAUGGACCGCCUGUUCAACGUACAUGCAGGGAAUGGAUCUGUGUUCCUACUCAAAAGCCUGGACAGAGAGGAGACUCCCUGGCAUAACAUCUCAAUCACUGCCACCGAGUUCCAUAAUCCCCGUCAGAGCAGCCAUGUGCCCGUCUACAUCCGCCUGCUGGACAUCAACGACAAUGCUCCCACAUUCGCCACCGUGUAUGAAACCUUUGUCUGUGAGAGGACUAAGGCUGGUCAGCGGAUCCAGACAGUGAGUGCAGUCGAUGCCGAUGAGCCGUCAGCAGGACACAAGUUUUUCUUCAGCCUGGCCCCUGAGGGAACGCACCGCAGCAACUUCACCAUCCGAGACAACGGAGAUAACACUGCUGGCAUCCUGACACGUCGAGCCAGCUAUAGCCGCAUUCACCAGAGCGUCUACCUGGUUCCCGUGGUGAUCACCGACAGCGACUACCCCAUGCAGAGCAGCACCGGCACCCUCACCGUGAGGGUGUGCACCUGCGACCGUGAAGGCAACAUGGAGCUGUGUAACGCGGAGGCGCUGAGCAGCUCUCCUGGCCUCAGCACCGGAGCUCUCAUCGCCAUCCUCCUGUGUGCCAUCAUACUGCUGAUGAUUGUGGUCCUGUUCACUGCACUGAAACGCCAAAGAAAGCAAGAGCCUCUUAUCAUCUCCAAGGAAGAUGUCCGAGACAACGUGGUGAGCUACAAUGAUGAGGGCGGAGGCGAGGAGGACACUCAGGCUUUUGACAUUGGGGCACUGCGACACCCAGAUGCCGCCGCCGCCUUGGAGGAGUCCGCCAAGCAGAGGCGUGACAUCAUCCCCACUGACACCCUGCUGUACCCUCCACACCGCCGACCUGCUCCCGCCGCUUCUGGCCACGUCAUGCCACCAGUCAACAUGGUGUCACGGGAUAACGGGGACGUACGUGAGUUCAUCAAUCAGAGAGUGCUAGAGAACGAUUGCAACCCAACAGCACCACCAUACGACUCACUGGCCACCUAUGCCUAUGAGGGCGCAGGCUCAGUGGCCGAGUCGCUGAGCUCGCUGGGCUCAGCAUCGUCUGAGGCUGAGCAGGACUACCACUACCUGAGUGACUGGGGGCCCAGGUUCCGGAAAUUAGCUGACCUGUACGGGGCUGAGGACAGUGACUUCUCCUAACAGAAACACCACAAACACACACUCACUUCCAUGUCAAAGACAGGUUCAGGACAGAUUUUGACCAACCAGGGCCAGAGACUGCAACGUCUGACAAACUCAAUAUUAGAGAUUGUGAACGUUGUUGACGCCCUUUAAGAAAAUAUUACAACUUUCAAAAAUACAGCCAACACACUCCACAUGAUGAACCAACAGAUGUGCUGGUAGAUGUUAUUUCCAUUUAAUAGCAUAUUUAAGAAUGCCACCUGAUUCAGGACCUGCCUUCACUGCACGUGGAUCCAAAAAUGCAUACCAAGUCAUUUUCUAAAGUCCUAAAUAUCUGAUUUUGGGAAUUGGAACUAAUGGAUGUAGAAAUGUAAAUUAACCAGCACAACGGUGGAGUCCAACAAACUUCAGUUCCACCAGUGUGAACCUCUUCAAAGACUCAUUUCAGGCCUGAAUGGAGUUUUGAAUCAAAAUUGGACUGUAUUUUGUAUUAAGAAUUGGACUUUUAAUAUGUUCGGGCUUUGCUUUAAUCUCUCCUUGGUUACCAAAUAACCAUUUUUGCAGAGUGUAUAUUGUGGCUUUAAACUGAAUGGAGGAAAGUCUUGGGAACCAGGUCAGUCAACAAAACAUCAGAGUUGGAGUUAUUGAGGAGUGGACCACACACACUUACCUCUGUGGAUAUGAAGUGAUGAGUGUGUGGAAGAAGAGUUUUUUGUUUUGUUUAGUUUUUUUGACUAAGUGCCCUUCUGCUGCCCUUCGAGCUGAACUGCCUGUAGGUUGGCUGAGACUGGAGGGGGUUAAUGACUCACAUAUGAUUGCUUUUUGUCUUUUUGCCGUGUUGUACAAAUGGACCAUUACAGAGGAGCUGUUGUGAAGGACCCUCGCUUGAAAAUCGCCUUUUUCGGGGACACAGAGUAAAAAGAGGAUAUGUCCUGUGACAAAAUGCACUGAUUUCUUUAUGUUUGUGCAGAUUUUUAGAUUCCUUUUGGAUUAUUUUUUUUUGGGCUGCACACAAAAAGAAGAUCCGUGUUCAUGGCAUCAUUUCAAGACUUUUAGCUCUUGAUUAAGUGUAUAUUGUGUCAGAAAUGUGGUUGAACUGAGUUAUAUUGGAAUUUUACUGGAGUCUUUUUACAAUAACAAAAUACAACUUCAGAUAUCAUACAAACAUUUGUUGAACAAUCUUGAAUAAAAUAUGUUCAUUGAGAAUAUGCUUCAUAUUUACAUGAGGGACAUGGGACACGUAGAGCUGUCACUUUUCAUUCAGAACUUUAGACUACUGAUUGAGUGAGAAUGAACUUACCAAACUCAAAAUUGCCAAUGUGUUGGUCAAAUAUUAAUGCUGCACUGAACAAUAUUUUUAUUAGAAUAACAAUGGAUCCAAUGGCUAACCAUUAUGUAAUGUGGAAGAUAUUGAUUGUAGUGACAAACCUGAGAAUUAUCACCAACUCUGCAGUUCUUCUCAGUUCUACAAGUGUUUUAGUGUCCUUCAGCUUAUUGUUUCGGUUUUCUGGCUGGCAAUCUUGCUGUUCUGAUUGAGUCCCGCAGCUCUCAUCAAGAUUGUUUCCAGCAGCAGGGAUCAUCUGUUUCCAGCACCAAAGAGCAGACAGACACAGUUAGCAAUUAGCUGAUGAACAUACCAAAGCAUUUAGCAGCUAAAGAGGCAAGAGCUGGUGGAGGUCAAAACAGAGUGAAUAUUACGUGGCUGCAAACAAAACUGCAAAUGGAUGCUAAUGUUGCUCUGUAACUGUUUGCUGACACAUUAGCCAUAAAAAGAAUAACCUGCUAAUUCUUGCUGAAAGUUAGACAAGAAGAUUGUUACCACUCUUGUGUGUGUCUGCAUGGCAAAUAUGAAGCUGUCCAAAAGUAACAAAAUCCACCUACCAGCACUAAAGCUCACUAAUUAUCACAAUGUGUCACGUUUUUGCAACACGAAAACCAAAGUGUAAAAACAGGUCAACAAGUUAGUUUGAUUUCUCUUCUAUUUCUGUUUCUUAGCUCAUGGUUGCCUGGCAACCUCAUGUGGACAUAAAAAUACAGAGGUAACUAUCAAGACAUGAUAAGCAGAUAAUCAUAGCAGCAAACGUAGUAACGUCUCAGUAACGUAGAGAGGCAUUUCUGAUUAACAGUGUAAAUGGGAAAAAUUGUGGAUAAACGUGAGGCUGUUUGACGCAACUGCCUUACAGUAACAUUACAUUAACAUUACAGCAACUUUACAAGAACAAACCCAAACCAACCGUUAGCUUGUCACUUAAGAGGCACCACAAGAACCAGGACAAUUUUGCCUUCAGAUUUUGUCUCAUUGAAAAAGUGACAGCCCUACUUCAGCCAGCAUUGGAGCUUGAAUGUUUUCGGUCUUGUGACUGGUCACCUCAUUUUCAGCCUAAUAUUAUUUUGUUUUGUUUUCUCUUAUGUACUUGCAUAGUUUGAGGAUGUGAUCCUUUUUUGUUUGUUUUUGGUUAGUUUUUUUGCAGAGGUAUCCAGGCACUGUCUGCUUUGUCUGAGACAAGAAGAAAACAACAACAGCUUUUCUUAUUUACUGCUUAUUUUUUUUGGUUUCAUUCAGUCAACACUUGUGUCUACUGCAGAGACAUGAGGUUUUGUUGUUAAAUGUCGUAAUAAAGCCAACACUGGAAGACUCUGUUCCAUUGUUUCAUCAGCAUCGUUUUAUGUCGCAGUAGUUACUGAAGCAAAAGGUCUAAACCACAGCAGUAAACUUGAGUGCUAUGUAAAAAACAAGUGAGGGAUGAAACUCUGAAGUCAAAAUCAUUAGCUGAUUCAGACUCUGUGUUUUUCUGAUUUGAGAUCCGCAGUGUGUAUUGUGUGUAUUGGCAGUUCCAGUAAAAGCAGCAGUUUGUUCCAGUCAGUUGUGUUUUGUGACCAUAGUCUGCUCUGAAGGCUUGAAACUAAAAAAUGUCCACAUAUUUUUCUUUAUAUUGUAAUUCAUUCUUUUUGUACCAAAUAUUUAUAGGACACGAUGAUAAUGAUAUUCUUGGAGGGGGAAAAAAAUCAAAAUACCGUCCAGCUUCACUGUUUUUUAAUGUAAUUUUGGAGGUGUGAAACUCGCUGUGGGCAGUACCGUCCGUAUAUGAUGUAUUAUCAAGUUGUUUAAUUUUAUCAAAAUAAACUUUUACAGUGAAA